AUACCGUUUCUAUUAUUUUUUUUGAGUGUUUUUAGUUUUUGAAGACGAAGAAGCUGAAGAAGACGACGACCACCACCACCACCGGAAGAAAAGGGAAUUACUUUGGUUGAAUUCUGUAAUUAAUUCUGUUUCCAUUUCUCUUUUCUUCUUCUUUUUUUUUUGGGUAUAAAAAUUGAAAAUAAAAAAUUGAAUUUGGCUAUGGAACCGCCGGAGGAUGCGAACCUAGGGUUGGAUGAGGCGGAAGAGAUUAUCUUGCGGUGGGAUUCAACGGCGUCGGAGGAAGCUAGGGAGAAGAUGAUCUUCGAAGGGAAUCGAGAUGAGGUCGAUCGUUACUUGCUCGCCGUCGAUCAAAUCCAACGGUCAAUUUCUUCUGUUUCUAUCUCCGAUGACCAGGCUAAAGUCAACUCUGCUAUUCAGAUCGCCAUGGCUCGACUUGAGGAUGAGUUUCGUAACAUACUGUUGAUCCAUACUAGCCCUAUUGAGACUGAUACACUCACGGAUCCGAGUUCUUCGAUUCACUCCUCUGUUGGAGCCGCCAGUAGUAGUGUUGGUGUUGGUGAUGGUGAUGGUGGUGUUGAUUAUGAGGAGGACGGCGAUGAAGAUAAAGAUGAUGAUGAGUUGCUUCGGAGAGGGGAUUCCAGUAACAGUGUUAGUUAUAGGUCUACUAGUAGUAUCCGUGAGAUCGAUCUGAUACCUUCUGAUGCUGUGAUUGAUCUUCGGAGCAUCGCUGAGCGUAUGAUAUCGGCAGGAUACUUGCGUGAGUGUAUUCAAGUCUAUGGAAGCGUGAGGAAAUCGACAGUUGAUUCGAGUUUCAGGAGGCUUGGAAUCGAGAAGCUUAGUAUCGGUGAUAUUCAGAGGCUGGAGUGGGACCAGCUGGAGACGAAGAUCAGGCGAUGGAUUAGAGCCGCCAAGGUAUGCAUCAGGAUAGUAUUCGCGAGCGAGAAAAAGCUCUGUGAGGAAAUCUUUGACGGUGUUGGUACUGCUAUUGAUGAUGCUUGUUUCAUGGAGACCGUCAAGGGUCCAGCGAUUCAGCUUUUCAACUUCGCGGAGGCUAUAAGUAUCAGCCGAAGAUCACCGGAGAAGUUGUUCAAGAUUCUCGACCUUCAUGACGCUUUGAUGGACUUGAUUCCCGAUAUUGAUGUUGUGUUCGAAUCAAAAUCGUCAGAAUCGAUUCGGAUACAGGCGGCCGAGAUAUUGUCUAGGCUGGCGGAGGCGGCGAGAGGGAUAUUGUCCGAAUUCGAGAAUGCCGUGCUCCGAGAACCGUCGAGGGUACCGGUCCCCGGUGGGACAAUUCACCCCUUGACGAGGUAUGUAAUGAAUUAUAUAAGUUUGAUAUCUGAUUAUAAGCAGACACUGAAUGAGUUAAUUGUGUCGAAGCCUUCGACUGGUUCACGGUAUUCAGGAGAUCCAACAACCCCAGAUAUGGAGUUUGCAGAGCUGGAAGGGAAGACCCCUUUGGCUCUCCAUUUGAUUUGGAUUAUUGUGAUUCUGCAAUUCAAUUUGGAUGGCAAGUCCAAGCAUUAUAAGGAUGCGUCUUUAGUCCAUUUGUUCAUGAUGAACAAUGUUCAUUAUAUUGUUCAGAAGGUGAAAGGGUCUCCAGAAUUAAGGGAAAUGAUUGGAGAUGAUUAUUUGAGGAAGUUAACGGGGAAGUUCAGGCUUUCAGCUACUAAUUACCAGAGAGCAACUUGGGUAAGGGUGUUGUAUUGUUUGAGGGAUGAAGGUCUGCAUGUGAGUGGUAGUUUCUCUUCUGGGGUCUCAAAGAGUGCUUUGAGAGAGAGGUUUAAAACCUUUAAUGCUAUGCUUGAGGAUGUUCAUAGGACUCAAGCAACAUGGUUAAUUCCAGAUUCGCAACUUAGGGAGGAACUGCGAAUAUCAAUCUCAGAGAAGUUGAUCCCUGCUUACAGAUCGUUCUUGGGACGGUUUAGAAACCAUAUAGAGAGUGGGAAGCAUCCUGAAAACUACAUCAAGUACUCUGUCGAGGAUUUGGAGAAUGCUGUCUUGGACUUCUUCGAGGGGUAUCCUAUAUCUCAGCACCUGAGGAGAAGAUCUCAGUAAAUGAAGUGAAGCGAGUUUUGCUAUUUAGAAGCUAGGGAAACAUUCUUUUAAUUUUUUGGAGUGUUAGGGGAUGCGGUGCUGGUCAUUCUGGGUUUUCCUGAGUAAUCACAUAUCUUGAAUUUCAGAGUUCAAUUGUGCAUUGGUUUAUUGAAUCAAGAGAUCAUGUUAUUAUGAAGAUCGGGUGCAACAAUUCUCCAGAUUGGUCAAGUCCCACAGCCUGAAUGCUUCUGCCUUGUUGGGCAGAACCACUCGUCAACUCACGUGCAAGUACGAGGACAAGCCUCAAACCGAACAAAUUCUAGAGUCAAAUUUUGUUGAAGUUCAGUUAGUUCUUUUUCACUAGCAGAAAAGAAACCCACAACAGAAAUCCAUUCAUAAUUUGUUUGUAAUGCAGAGUCAGAUAUAAUUAUUUAAAGAACCUAAUCGUGUGUACUUCGUACGAUUAGAUAAAUCUCUUGAAGGAAAAGAAAAACCAUAAUCAAUUUUCAUCAAAGCCAGUUAAAGUCAUAUUCAAAUUCGAGCAUGUAGUACAUAGUAUACAUCUAAAUCUAAAAGGCUAUGGUUCUGAGUAAAGAAUUCCAUUUAAGCAAUGAUAUAUUUUUCUUCAUCACAGAGUAACUAUUCAAUCUAUAUUAAGUAAUAACCCAAUGAACAAAUAGCUAAGAAAAGUAACAUGAACAAAAAUGAACAAAAGGCUAAAAUGGCACCAUCUCAAAGUUGAGUUUUUCCCCUCUUGUAUAAUAAUUACUGAGAUGGUAUCAAUAUAUCGCAGGCACUGACUGUUCUACAUCAUUCUGUCUUGUCUUCUUCCAAAUCACCAUCCACAUCUAGAGAUCUGGCUUCUGGCACGGGGCGAACAUCUUUAGAUGGAAUUGGAGAUGGUUUUAUGAGUGUCAAAGACGUAUCAUCACGGUCGAACUCUUCAUUUCCAUCAUCGGAGUAAGUAUA